AUGAAAUCAGUUGGGUUCCAUUUCUCUAUUGAUCUUGAUUCCACGGAUUCCACUUCUCCUAACGGCGAUGAUGAUGUGUCCCGGAGCCGAGUUGCAACCGAUACGCGGCGACACAACCUCCGCUACUUAGGACACAGCAACGUCUUUUCUCUGGUCGCAUCACCCUUUGCAGUGGUAGUGGUGGUGCCGUGUCCUCUCCCCGCAUCCGUGAUCUCGUUUUCGUCGAUUGAAUUAAGAGCUAAUGGUAGGACAGAUAAGGAAUGGAAGAAGUUGCUUCCUUACCUUCGAUCUUGUCUUGGUGAAGACUGUAAUAUACGUGAGUCCUUAACAUCUGGUCCUUCUCAUGCCAUUGACAUUACAAGAGAGGUCCUAUUUCAGCUUUGUGCUUUGAUCCAAGCGGCAUGCUUUUGGUUACUGCUUCAACUCAGGGACACAAUAUUAAUGUCUUUAGAAUAA